CGCCGGCAUCGAAACUGCGUGGGAACAGAGCCUCAUGAAGACGCCAAUCCCCCUCCGGACAGCUCGUCGCUCCCUCUACGUUUGCCAAAGCUGUCGCCGUCACCUUCGCGAGCGGAAUCUCGUCCCAACCCCCGCGUCUCAGCAAAGAUGGAUCACCCAAGCCCAUGUCCGACGAAUCCAAGAGGCGGAAGAAGAAUGGCGUGCAAAAGCCCAAGAGAUCGAAAAGGGCAACAUGAAGUCGAUGCUUACCAUACUUGAGGAGCGGGGAUACAUCAACCAGAUUGUUGGGUAAGAAUCUCGGAGGCAGGAUCAAAGACGUCCCGUUGACGGCUCGUAGCACAAGAGAAGAUCUGGACAAGCUGCUCACCCAUCGUCGAGUCGGGGUAUAUGCUGGCAUAGACCCUACCGCCCCUUCUUUGCACGUUGGUCAUAUGGUCCCUUUUAUGGUCUUGGGUUGGCUCUAUAUCCAUGGUUACAAGGCCAAUUUCAUUUUGGGGGGAUUUACCGCUAGCAUUGGCGAUCCUACGGGCCGUUUGAAAGGCAGAGAAAUCAUGUCUCCCUCUCAGAGGAAGGCCAACAUGGCAGCCAUGCAUAUUCAACUGAAAAGGCUGGGCGCUUCGAUCGAAACAUACGCCGUACGGAAGGGAUAUACGCGGGAAUGGGCCUGGCGCAGAGCUCUCGAGAACAAUGUCACAUGGUGGUCCAAAGUCACAGCAAGAGAAUUUCUGUCCAUCCUCGGUCGACAUAUCCGUAUAGGUCCAAUGCUGGGUCGAGACACAGUGAAAAAUAGAUUGGAGAAAGGGGAUGGAAUGUCCUUCGCCGAAUUCAGCUAUCCGUUGGUCCAGGCAUGGGACUGGUGGCACCUCUUUCAGUCAGGUUGCCAGCUGCAAAUUGGCGGUGCGGAUCAGUUUGGAAAUAUUCUUGCGGGUGCCGAAGCCGUGAAGCAAAUUGCCAAAGACUCGCACGAGUAUCAGGUUGCCUUGCGGCAGACUCAGCUCCUCGAUUCAAAGCGCGGCAUUGAGGUCAAUUCUGAUCCAAUGGGAUUCACUGUCCCUCUCCUGACCACGGCCUCGGGAGAAAAGUUCGGAAAAAGCGCUGGUAACGCCGUCUGGCUCAAUCCAGAAAUGACCAGCAUCUUCGAUCUAUACCAGUUCUUUCUGCGGUCUUCAGACUCAGACGUCGAAAAAUACCUCAAGUUGUUGACUUUCUUGCCCUUGUCCGAGAUCAGUGAGGUCAUGAGAGAACACGAAAAGGACCAGUCAAAACGUGUGGCACAACAUAAACUCGCCCAAGAGUUUGUGGAGCUCAUCUACGGGCUAGAUGCUGCAAAAAAGGCCGAAAGUGAACAUCGCCAACUUUUCAAGAAAACCAUUAGCCUCGGCGAUAUGAAGGCGAGUCUUGCGGAGACGCAAACGACUGACACGCAUUCCUCUGGGACGCCACUGUUUGCACACCCUUCGUUGAACAAGCAUGCCCAGCCCUUGCGACGUGAAGACAACGCCUCCACUCACAUCAAACUCCCACGAAGCCUCGUUUCCCAGAAACCUAUGAGUAAUAUUCUCUGGUCGGCAGGCAUGGUGACGUCGAAAACAGAGGGCCAGCGACUUAUCAAUGCUGGAGGAGCGUACGUAGGAGGGGCCGCUGACGCAAGAAAUGAAAUGGAUGAUAGCCUCAGCUUUACACCUGUUAAGACGUCCGACUGGAAAGAAGUGCAAAAAUGGAUCAUCGACGACAAACUGCUGAUUCUUCGAACGGGAAAGUGGAAGAUCAAGAUUGUCAACAUCGUCCCAGACGACGAAUAUGCAGAGCUUGGGUUGACAUGCCCGGGUUGGGAGGGAGUCCCAGAGAGCAAAGAAUCUCCGGAUCUGACAGUUAGACCCGAACAAGGAGGCGUGGGUGAUGAGGCAACGGUCUUGAAGGCGUCGUGGCGGUAGAUGUAACAACAGAACGUCCUGCAUCCAGGCAACGUGUAUAUUCAAUAGCACCAAAUGAUCG